AUGGCAUCGCCUUGCAUCUUGGAGGCGUUUUGCUCCAGGACAUCUUGUGGAGAUGAGCUGCGCCUCUGCGGCUGGGACGAGGCUCUCGGAGCCUGGCAAGUCGAGAGAUCGCUGAAGCUGCACACAGAUCCGGAGACCUUUCCCCUCUGGAAGCUACAGCUCCCUCCUUGUUCCGGUGACUUCAAGCUGCUUGUGAAACGACGGGGUGGCGACAUCGAAUGGGAGGCAUGCCCGAACCGCUCGUGGCCUUCACCUUUGGCUGGGCGGAUCUUCCUACACUUCGGAAGCCCAGGUCUGGAAGUGAAGGACGAGCCGAAGGACGAGCCGAAGGACGAGCCGAAGGAGUCGGCGCAGGUGCCCGCAAUGGCUGAAGACUCCUCUUCGUGUGCUUCGACAAGCAUUUCGCCAACAUCACCCCCAAUGGUUCCAAAGCUUCCAUUGAAAAGGCAGCGCACCAAGAGCGACUGCGUGAGAUCGCGCCUCAUCCACGCAACCUCACUAGCUGACAUUACCCAGAAGACCAGCAUCUGGGAUCGUUAUGAGCUUGAAGAGACGACUCUAGGGGAGGGUGCCUUUGGCACCGUGCGCAAGGCUCGCGACCGAUGCAUUGGUGCCAUGCGAGCUGUGAAGCGUAUCGACAAGGCAAAAGCCUUCGCCUUGGAUGACGUGCGCAAGGAGAUCGAGAUGAUGCGGGAGAUGGAUCAUCCUAGCAUUGUCCGGUUAUAUGUCGCGUACGAGGAUGAAGAGAGCAUCUACCUUGUAAUGGAGCUGUGUGAGGGUGGGGAGCUUUUCGAUCACUUGGUCGAGGAAACUCAUCUUACAGAGCCAGCUGUCCAGACCAUCAUGCGUCAGGUCUUUGGCGCAGUGGCACACUGCCACGACAAGCACAUCGUCCAUCGUGACUUGAAGCCAGAAAACUUCAUCCUGCAAAAGCGUGGUGCCCCUUUGGAGAAGAAUCCUGUGAAGCUAAUCGAUUUUGGAUUGGCCGAGUAUUGUGAGCCGGGCGAACAUCUGCACACAGCUUUCGGAACCAUCCUCUAUGUGGCACCCGAAGUCCUACAGCAGAAGUAUGACCAUGCCUGCGACAUUUGGAGCUGCGGGGUCAUGAUGUACUGUUUGCUCUCUGGAUCGCCGCCUUUCCACGCUUCGACAGAUGACCAAAUCAUGCGGAAAGUCAUGCGAGGUAAGUUUGCGAUGCGGGGAACUCGCUGGUCGCCAGUCUCAGAUGCGGCGAAGGAUCUCAUCUGUCAGUGCCUCCAGAAGGAUGUGCAGCAGAGGGUCACAGCCGCAGAUGCAUUGAACCAUGGCUGGUUCCAGCGAUCUCCCGAAGCCAACGUGCCUCUACACCCCGAUCUCUUGGCAAACUUGAAGGCCUUUAGCACCAAAAAUCGCUUCAAGAAGGCUGCGCUGACGGCUGCUGCCUACCAACUCACGGAUGAGGAGCAGGAAGAGAUCCGCCAGGCCUUUCAGAGAUUGGAUAGUGACUGUGAUGGGUUUGUGACGCUGGAGGAUUUGAAGUCAUGGAUCGAGCAAAGUGAGGAUCCGAGCCCUUUGCUGAAUGUGUCCGAAGUCAUGGACAAUCUGGAUCAUGACCAGGAUGGCCGACUAGAGUACACGGAGUUCAUUGCCGCGGCAAUGGACCAGCGUCUUCACAAGAAUGAGAAGCUUUGCUGGCGAGCUUUCAAAGCCUUCGACCGCGAUGGCGACAACCGAAUUACGUACCCAGACUUGCAGCACGUCCUACAAGAUCCGGAUCUCCUCCAUGAAGUGCCAAACUGUCGUAGUGCCUGGCAAUACUUCGAAAGGAUGGAUGUCGAUGGUGAUGGUGAAGUGACCUUCCAAGACUUCAUGCGUAUGCUUCAUGCUCAAAACUCGCCCACGUCUCCGACAAUUUUCAACCAACUGACAUUUGGGACUUUGACGGAAGCCGAUGUGAAAGACUACAGCUCUGAUAGUACAACAUGCACAGAUGAGCGUCAAGGGGACUCGCCAGUGUUGUGA